CCACAUCUCUACUCGUCGUCGUCAAUUCAUCAUCCAUCCCCAUCCACCCAUCAACCCCCCAGACCCCAGAUCUCUCUCCCUCUCGCCCUCCUCUCUCGCUCACCGCGGAUGUCCUCGUCGGCGCGCUUCGACCUCCGGGCCUCGUCGCAGCACCUGCAGCCUCCGCCAUCCGGCAUGAGCGACGGGGGCGCGUUCGCGAAUGCGGGGAACCUGGAGCACUGCGCCCGGUACCUCAACCAGACGCUCGUCACCUUCGGAUUCCCGGCCUCGCUCGACCUCUUCGCCACCGAUCCGGUCUCGAUUGCAAGAACAUGCAACUGCAUCUAUGCGCUGCUGCAGCAGCGGCAGAGGGACAUUGAGUUCAGGGAGUCGACAAAUGAUUUGCGGCAGCGCAUGCAAUCUGAUAUUUCGCGGUUGGAGGCCAAGAUUGAAAGAAUGGAUGCUCAAUUAGCAGCCAAAGAUCGAGAGCUUGCAACGCUUACUCGAACGGAGGCCAAAAACACUGCAGCUUUGAAAUCUCAGAUUGAUAAGCUGCAACAAGAACGUGAUGAAUUUCAGAAAAUGGUCAUUCGAUUGCAACAAUUACGCACCCAACAACUCCAUGAAAUGAAGAAGAAAGAGAAAGAAUACAUAAAAUUGCAGGAGAAGCUAAACCAGGUAUUGAUGGAGAAGAAAAAGGAGUCGUCCCGUUCUGGAAUGGAAAUAAUGAACUUGUUGCAGAAAGAAGGCCGGCAACGUGGAACGUGGAAUGGGAAAAAGAAUGACAAUGAUUAUUACAAAAUGAUUGUUGAUGCAUAUGAAGUGAAGAAGCAAGAGCUGAUGCAGGAGAAUGCUGAUUUACGGGCACUCUUGCGUUCAAUGCAGAUGGACAUGCGUGAGUUCCUCAAUGCUCCGAAUGGAUCAUCACAGCCUACUGUUGCUGCUAAUGGAAGAAAAGAGGCAGGGUCUCCUCAGUCCCCACUAGGUGGCAAGACGGAUGUCUUUGACUUGCCCUUUCACAUGGCCAGAGACCAGAUAGAAGAGAGUUUGCGCACAAAAAUGGCUUCAAUCAAGGCACGAAUGACGCAACUUCAAGACGCUCAAAAAGGUGCUGAAGUGACCUCUGAGGCUACCGAGCGUGAGCUUGAGCUCGAAGCUCAGCUGGUUGAAGCAAGGAGCAUCAUCCAAGAGCAGGCUUCCAUCAUGUCCAAGCACUUCACCAAGUCUGAUAAGCCAAGUGGCAGGAGGCAUAGCAGUCUGGACAGUGAGCGAGAGGCGUCUGCCGAGGUGUAAAAACAUGUCUGUGGCAAGGAUGAUGUCGCGCAAGGCCUCCUUUUUCUUAGUAAGUACUUGAGGUAGUAUGUUGCAGCAGGAUGUCCUGGCGUGGUAAGCCCAGAGCCUAGGCCGCUGUCUAAGCAGUAUGAUGUGCAGGAGCAUCUCCUCCGGCAUAGUGUCUAACCUAGUUACAUUUAGGGUAAAUGUAAUUGUAAUCCUACUGUGUGAAGGAUGCCAGUGUAGCUAACCUUACAUCCCUGGAAGAAAUGGACCUUCCGGACCUGACAGCCUACUGGAGUGUUGUUGCCAUUCUAUGUAGUAUAUGCAGUCAAUAGUGGCUAGUCUUCAGAAUUCGGAAUGCAGGCUGUCAAGUGUCCCCCUGGUCUAUGGCACAA